ACAUUUCUGUUUAAUUUUUCGUGUUUUUGUCUCAUUUUCUUCGAAAAAUCUCCCAAAAAUGAACAAACUUGUUGAAAUUCCUCCAUCUGAAUGGCCUGCUUUACGAGAUUCGUUUCUUCCCAACUGGCCUUCGGAGCAUGUCGGCUACUAUUUAGUUGAUAAUUACGUGAAAUGGGUCGAAAAAGAUCCAAAUAUCAAAAAUUUGAAGUUUUAUUCGUUGAAUGGCGAUUGGAGCGAUGGAACAUUUGUCGUUGUUGACAGAUACCAGCUUUUUGUGUAUACCUUAUCGUCCAACAACGAUCGCCUUACGGAUCUCCUGCGACUUCUUGAUUGGUCCAAAGGCUUCAAAGUCAGUUCAUUUCGCGAGAAAUUCCGCCCCGCUGUUUUAACCGUCGUCGAUGAGCUAAAUUUGGAGCGCGAAUACGAUUCCGACACAUUUUUGUAUUUUUUACCGCGAGAUGAAGCAAAAAAUUUGGAAAUCUCCCUUCCUGAUGGCUUUUCGCUCAAACCAAUGUCAUCCAUGGAGCAUGCCCGAAAAGCAAACGACGUUUGGCCAAAUCGUCAUGAAGGUUCUUUGUUCUUCCUGAAGCGCCUGAUCGACUGGAAUCCCCAAAUUGGGCUUUUUAAUGGAAAUGAACUCGUCGCUUGGUGCUUUCGACUUCAAUCGGGACCCCUUGGAGCACUUCAAGUCGACGAAAAAUACUUCCGCAGAGGCUUUGGAUCGAUUGUCACGAAGAAAAUGGCUCAAAUUUUGGCAGAAAUGGACCAAGAUACCUUCGCAUUGGUCGGAAUUCAAAAUAUCGCAUCACAAAAAAUGUUUGAAAAAAUCGGAUUCAAAGUCACGGAUCACUGUUUCUGGCUGCGAACAAUCCCAACGGUGCCUUUUACGUGGAAAGAUUAAUUUUAAAUGAUAAUUUUUGAUUAAAAAAGACAGAAAAUAAUUGAAUUUUACCACAAACCGUCAUUUUAUCUCGUUCAAUGGACCGCAUUUCGUAUCAACGAUGAAUUUUUUCUCCUUUCGAGACGUUA